CAAAGUCCAACAACACUCAAAAGUCCUCGCAAGUGUCCGCUUGUUUCAAACCCCACUCUCCUCCGCCGCUCGCCGUCGCAAUGGCGAUCUCGCCGACCACAUUCGCCGUCGCAGCUCUCCUCGUCAUCACCCACCUAUCCCUUCUCACAACCCCCGCCACAUCCCUCUCCUCCGACUCCCUCCUUACAGAGCUAUCCGACCUCCAAUCGCAAUCCCCCACCGGCGUCAUCCGCCUCUCCGAUUCCCUCCUCCGCCGCAUCGUCUCCCUGCCCACCCCCCGCCCAUUCCACUCCCUAAUCUUUUUCGACGCGCACCAUCUCCACUCUAAACCCGAGCUUUCGCUCCCAACACUCAAAUCCGAAUUCGGCCUCGUUUCCGCCUCUUUCCAAUCGAAUAACCCUAAUUCCAAAUCGAAACUCUUCUUCUUCGAAAUCGAAUUCCAGGAGUCUCAAUCAUCCUUCUCCCUUUUCGGCGUCAACUCUCUCCCUCACAUCUGCCUCAUCCCGCCCACCGCCUCCGAUGUGAAGACGGAAUCUAUUCAAAUGGACGCCGCCGAUUACUCGAGAUUGGGCGAUUCGAUGGCCGAAUUCAUCGAAUCAAGAGCUAAAUUCACCGUUGGGCCGCUCAAUCGCCCUCCAGUUGUUUCGAAGAAACAGAUCGCAUUCAUAAUCGCUGUAAUCCUGAUCUGGACUCCGUUCUUCCUGAAGAAAUUGAUCGCUGGGAACACAAUUUUCCACGAUAAGAACAUAUGGAUGGCGGGGGCGGUUUUCGUCUACUUCUUCAGCGUUUCGGGGGCGAUGUUUAACAUAAUUAGGAAAAUGCCGAUGUUUAUUGCGGAUAGGCAGGAUCCAUCGAAGCUGGUGUUCUUCUACCAGGGGUCAGGGAUGCAGCUGGGGGCCGAGGGAUUCUCAAUUGGCUUCCUGUACACGAUCGUGGGGCUGCUGCUGGCUUUUGUGACUCAUGUAUUGGUGAGGGUGAAGAACAAGACUGUGCAGAGAGUUGUGAUGCUUUUCGUGCUGUUCGUAUCGUUCUGGGCCGUGAAGAAGGUGAUUUUCUUGGAUAAUUGGAAGACUGGGUAUGGCAUUCACGGCUACAUGCCCACGAGCUGGCAGUGAUCUUCUCUGGCUUUUGGCAAAGGAGGAACCUAAACCCUUUUCACAAAUUGGGUGGUGCUUCAAUAUCUUAUAGUGCACGCCAAUUUCUUUCUGAUCCGUACGGCUUCUCAAAUGGGAACAAAAAUGAAGGGGAUAUAUAAAGGAUUCA